UUCUCCAUUUUUAGUUCGAAGCCAUUUUUUGCUCUUAGUUUACAUUUUAUACUCGUUUUGAAUUAAUCUCUUGCCUGCCGGUAACUUUAUUACUCGGGUCAUGGCGUCCAGUACCAAUCAAGAAAAAGACGAUUCUCUAAAACUCCGAAUGGUCCCUAGAGGACUGCAAAAGCUAAUAGAACAAUGUCUGAAAAUCUAUCCCGAUCAAACGAAUCCGUUGCAGGUUACAACCGUUCUGAAAUACUGGCUCGGUGGACAAGACCCGCUGGACUACAUCAGUAUGUAUCACAAUGCGGGCGACCAGGACAAGAACAUUCCUCCACAUUGGCAUUACAUUAGUUUCGGACUGUCGGAUUUACACGGUGAUGGAAGGGUUCAUCUGCCGGACACCAUUGGAGGGCUGGAACCUCGAUCUGGAAUGGGUUUUGAGCUGACAUUUCGACUAGUAAAACCUGCAGACAGUACCGAUGAAAAACCACCUACUUGGCCGGCAAAUCUUCUGCAGGCCCUGGCCAAAUACGUCUUCCAAUCGGGUAAUAGACUUUGCUUUGGUGACAACAUCCCUUGGCGUAGAUCUCUGGAUGGCAAAACGUCCAGUGUACAGCACAUGCUGAUCGCGGAAGAUCCUCAGAUGUCUCGUACCGAGACUCCCUUCGGUUGGGUAGACUUUCUGCAAAUAGUCGGCGUAACCAAUGAAGAGUUGGAGCAAGCUUCCCGUUGGAAUGGGAAAGGUAUCCUGAAUCUUCUUCAAAAAGAUCCUACAACCGGAGGACCCUGGCUCAUCACGGACAUGGCUCGAUCAAAAAGCGUGUUCGAACUUUUCCCCGAAACUCUCCGCCAGUUGGAAAUCGACCUCGAGAAAGAAGGCUCCGACCUUGCCGGUGUCAACGCAGAUUUCACCUUCAAAGAACUUCCCAAAAUGAUUAUCAAAAAAGAAAUCCUCGAUCCAGAGGAAGAAAUCACCAAAAGCAUCUCCUCGUGUAACAUCGAGAUCAAGAAAGAGUUCAACGAUGGUCUCGAACAUUCCGGAUCGUCUGAUAUGGUAAACCCAUUCCACCACUCGCAGGUACCGUCGAGAGUUUCGCCCUUAAAUGGCAUCGAACUCACCCUAGCACCCUACGCUGCCAAAUUCCUAGUGCUCGCCAUCAAAGAUCGAAUUCGUAAUGGGCGUCAUUUUACCUUCAAAGCUCAGAACAUGGCCGUUACCUUUGUAGCCGAAUCGGUUACCGGAGCCAUCGUCGAUAAGGAAACGCCUUACGGCGUUUUGGGGUAUUGGGUUCAGAUCUUAAUCCCAAACUCGCUGAUUCCUAGGAUGCUGGAUGCGUUUGGAGACUUAAGCAAAAGUGCGGACAAUUUGAAAAUCCCAUUGACAUACGAGUGGCCGGAGCAUAAUUUGAAAUUCGUCAUCGACAACCCACCUCCGGAGCUACUUAAUCAACAGGGGCCGAUUUUGGCAUGACCUGGUGACUAGGAGAGAUUUUGGACCGUUCGUAGUUGUGUCAUGGGGCUCACAAUCGUCGAAUUCGUCACAUAUUGAACAUUUCUUCCAUUUUGAUAGUAUUGUCAUAGGCUAACUUCAUAACACUUAGUUUUAUUGUAGAAGGAAUCUCAAGUGCCUCAAAUUCUCUUUAAUAAAAAUAUACAUACGCCGACGCGUAAUUA